UAUUUGUGAUUGCAAUGGAAAGAUGUUAACGGCAUAGGUGGUUGAACUUCUGUCUCUCUACAUCUUGAAAACAAUUUCUAAGAGGCCUUUGAAAGUGGAAAAUCUAAAUGACACACUUAGAGGUCCAUUUGUCCUUUCAAUUGGAGCCCCAAGUCUCUUAUAUUCUAGAGGUGUGUGAUGAAAUAAACUGACAUUAAAAUAGCCCAAGUGUGAGAGUUUCCUGUUCAAACCUUAAGUGACACAUUGAUGAGAAAUCUGCUGUUUCCACUCUUGCCUCACUCUGAGCCCUCACAGGUCGGUGUGUGAAGGUCACAGACAUUGUUUACUGUUGUCCUGAAUUUAUGUUUUUAAAUUUUUCCUUUUAUUACCCAGAUAGAGCAAGCUUCUUUUAUAAAUGUAACCUGGCCUCCUAAAGGAUGCACUACUUUCUGACCAGUAGAAGUACACUUAUCUUAGAGCACAGUUCUUGACAUCACUCGGCCACAAAGAUGAAUAACCAAGGAGUUACUUAUGCAGAACUGAACGUAGCCAACAACUCUAAGAGGCGACAAAUAAAACUUAAGGACACUAAAAGUUCCAUUUCAAUAACUGAGCAGGAAAUAGUCUAUACAGAACUGAAUCUUCAGAAUGCUUCUAAGAAUCUUCAAGGGAAUGAUAAGAACCACCACUGCCAAGAGAAGCUUGUUGCUGGGACCCUGGGAAUCAUCUGUCUUGGCUUGAUGUUCGCUGUGGUAGCAAUGAUAGUUGUUACUCCCGAAUUUCAUUGUGGUAAUUGUCCAAAGGAAUGGUUUACAUAUUCCAAUAAUUGCUAUUAUGCUACUACUGAAAAAAAGACAUGGAAUGAGAGUUUGAUGGCCUGUGCUUCACGGAAUUCUACUCUACUUCGUAUAGAUAAUGAAGAAGAAAUGAAAUUCCUGGAAUCCCUAUCAAGUGUGUUAUGGGUUGCAGUCUCUCGUAAAAGCCGUGGUCAUCCAUGGAUGUGGAUAAAUGGUUCAACUUGCACACUAAAGAUAACAGAUAGAUCACCUGGUAAACGUAACUGUGCAAUUCUAUACCCAAUGGGCAUUAAAGCAGAAAACUGCAACUUUCCAAAUGCAUAUAAUUGCAAGCAUAAACUUAAGAAAUAAAGCAUAUGAAUUUGGAUUCUGUUGGGUAACAUUGUCUUUCAUGAAAUGGUAAUGAUAUCAUGAUUGCAUAUGUUUUAGACGAAUUAUGUUAUUCAUAUAUGAAAUACGGAAUAUAUGAAAGUUUUUUCAAAAACUAUUGAAACAUAAUAUAUACCCCAAAGUACAGAUAUCAUUACUUUUUGCUUGGCUUUUUUUGCUCAACAAUAUGUUUAUGGCUUUCAACCUUUCUAAGAGAUCACAUAUGGUGUAAGCCCAUUUAUAUGAAUAUCAAGAAUAGGUAAUUCCCAUAGAGGCAGAAAGUGGAUUAGUGGUUACCAAGGACUGAGGAGAGACGGAGUUAGAAAAUGACUGAUAAGCACUACAAAGUCUCUUUGGGGGGUAAUAAAAACUUCUAGAAUUUGUUAGUGUUGAUGGUUGUAAACUCUCUGAACAUAUAAAAAAAUCACUGAUUUAUAUGCUUUCAGUUGAUACAUGUUAUGCUGUGUAAAUUACACUCCAAUAAAGCUGUUUAAAAUUAAAAAAAAAAACUCCUGGAAUUAUGUUUGAGACUGCAUUUAAUGUUUAAGGUAAUUUGUAAAGAUAUUUCAUCUUUACAAUAUUGGCAUUUCCAGUCAAAAUCAUGCUUUAUCCUUCCAUGAAUUAGGUUUUUCUAUAAUUUCUCCUGAUUAUAUUUUGUAUUUUGUAUUAUUCUAUGUUAAAAUCUUAAAGAUACAUGGGUAUUUCACACUUAAGGCUUUUGUAAAUGGUAUCCUUAAUAUAUUCUCCUGGAUUUUUAUAUACACAACUAUUGCAUCUUUAAAUAAUCACACGUUAUUUCUUCUUUCCAAGUGUAAUUAUUUUUUUCUUGAGUUAUUUUUAUUGGUUUGGGUUUUACUUCCAAUGUUGAAUAGAAGGUACAGUAAAAUUUCUAUGUAUAUCCUUCCCUAUCUUUGAGGAAAAUAUUUCAAUAUUUUAUCCUCCAAUAUUAAUUUUGUCUUAAGGCUUUUUUCAUCAUACGUUUUCUCACAUGAAAGCAAUUCCAUAAUAUUCUCAUUUUUAAACAAAUUUUACAACCAAUUCAUGUUAUGUUUGUAUUAUUUUUCCAUCCAUGGAAUGAUAAAUGUUUCUCUGUAUAAUGAUUAUGAAAUAAAUUACAUUUAUCUAAGUUAAACCAAUCUUGCAUGUCUGAAACAAAAAUUUCAGUGAUUAUCUGUAUUGUCCUUUUUUAAAAAACUCAGUAUGUGUAUUUUUUUCUUCAUUUAUAUUGACAAAGAUUUGAGUUUUCAUUUAUGUUAUGUAUUUGACAGGUUUUGUGAAAGAGCACUGCUACAUUUUUGAGUGUUAUUAUUCACUACCAAUGCCGUCUGAACUUCUAGAGCUUCUUUGUAGGAAGGCUUAUAUAAUGAACUCAAUUUCUUUACAUAUGCAUUUGAUUUACUCAGGUUUCUAUUUAUUGUGCUGUAUUCUGGUAAUUUGCAUUUUAGAAUUUUUAAUAUUUUAUAUAGAUAUUAAAAUAUAUUCAUAAUUAUGCUUUUUUAUCAGGUUAAUAUCUGUAAAAACCAUAUCCCCAUAUUGACUAGAGAUAUAAAAGAUUUAUUUCUUUUCAAAAAAUUUUUAAUAGGCUUUUAUCAAUUUUAUUAAAUGUUUUCAAUGAGAGUAUAUUUGGCUGUGUUGUUCCUCUCUCUUGUGAUUUUGCUCUUUGUCUUGAUUUUGUACUAUUUGUUGUUACUCCUACUUCAUUUGGUUUUAAUUUCACCUAAUUUUAGCUUUUCCAUUUUUGGUUUCUUGUGUUGUAUGCUUGGAUUUUUGCUUUGUUUUGUUUUGUUUGUAAGAUACACAUUCAAGUCAAUCAAGACCUCACAAGACAGACUUUUGGUUUUAUAUUUUCUUUGUAAUUCUCAUAUGACUUGUGAACAUUCAUUGUGAUCAUUUCUGUGUCCCAUCCAUUAUUUAGACAUUUACUAUUGAAUUUAAAAACCAUAUAAGGAUUUUCAAAUUUUUAGUUAUUGUCUUCUACAUACGGAAAAGAGGGUUCUAUUUUGGUUAGAGAAUUUUCUGUGAAGUUGGAAAUUUUCUACAUCACUGUUAAAUGUGGCUGGUGUGAAUGAGGAACCAAUAUUACAAUUUUAUUUAUUUUUAACAAGUUAAAAAUUAAAUUUGAAUACCCACAUUUCAAGUCGCCCCUUACCAAACUUGGCUAUCAGCUACUGCAGUGACUGCAUUUAUAUUAUUUAUACUAAUAAUAUGCUUGGAGAUAUGAUUGAUAGUCUAUUUUUUUUUAAAUCUCCAUGUGAAAAAAAUAUUAGUAGUCUAUAUUAGUACAUAAAUAUAUAUGUGUGUUGGACAUAUAUGUAUUGAUUAGUUGUCUAGUUUAAAUCUUUCUUUAGCCUAAAGAGAUAAUUUCACUUGUUACUAACUUUGAAAAAUAGCUAUAAAAGCAAUGGCAAAAGUAAUAUUAGUAAACAUGACUCCUGAGACUACAUAAUUUUCUUUUUAGUGAAUAUUUUGCAGUUAGCUCAUUUCAAACCGAUUUACACAGCUAAGUCAAAUGGUUAAGAAGCAAAAAUAUGUCAGAUUAUUAUUUCUCUCUCCAAUUUUAUAAUGGAAAUAAUCUCUUUGUUUCCAUAAACACAUUUCUUCAUUUUAUUAAUUUGGAAAAUAAAAACUUACGGCAUGAAAAUCAGUUUAUAACUUUAAAUAAUUCAGUUUUUCUUUCAAAAUAGGAAAAUUUCUGUUAAUCUUAUUUUUUUUCUAAUGAAAAAGCAUGUUAUUCACUAAAUGAAAGUUGUUUGUGUUGGGUUUUCUUUUGUGUUAAUGAACUGCAAGCUUUUAAGACCUCAUACUUUCAUCACACAACUUUCUGACCUCAAUUAUACUUCUUAGCAUACAGCAAGUGAUGAAUAACAGAAUUACUCACAGGGCUUUUAAGGUUGCUCUCAAAAAUGAGAUUAAAAACAAAAAUAACAAUAUUCUCUUUUUCAAAUGGAUGAAUAAUAAUAUGUUGUAUAUAUUUACUUAUACUACAUUUUAUUUAUCUAUGCAUCUUUUUAUAGACACAUGUUGGUUCCAUUCCUUGGCUAUUGUGAGUAUAUUGUAAUGAAUAUGAGAGUAUAGAAAUCUCUUUGAGAUCCUGUUUUCAUUUAAUGUGAAUAUAAAUCCAGAAAUAGGACUGGAGGAUCCUCUGUACUGUUUUUCAUAAUUGUUAUAUAAAUUUAUAUCUCCCCAACAUUGCAUAGAGUCCCUUUUUUUUUUUUGCAAUAAUCUGCAAAUUGGUUCUUUUGAUGAUAUCCCAUAAGCUUUCUUUACUGUUUUAGUUGUUCUUUCUUUCUUCUCUUCUGACUGGAUAAUUUCAAAGGUCUUGUCCUUUAUUUCACAAAUUCUUUCUUUUGCUUGAUCCAUCCUGGUUUGAUACUCUCCAUUGUACUUUCAUUUCACUUAUUGCAUUCUUCCAUUUGCAUUUGGCUCUUUUUAUGACUUCUAUUACUUUGUUAACCUAAUUUUUUUUUCACAUAUUGUUUCCCUUACAGUGUUGAAUUAUCUUUCUUUUUUCUUGUAGCUCACUGAGCUUCUCUAAAACAGCUAUUUUGAAUUCUUUAUUGGUUAAAUCAUAAUAGAUUUCCAUGUCUUUGAGGUUGGUUGCUGGAAAAUUACUGUGAUCUUUUGGUGAUGGCAUUUUUCAUGCUCUGAAGUUUUGUGUUGCUUUGCGUUCGAAGUAGCUGUCAUCGUCUCCUAUCUUCUAACUGACAUCAGGGGAGAAUCACCUUCCAUCAGAACUGCUAGUGAUUCCAAGGCUUUCUAGGACUUUCUGUGGAGGUACUUGCUCCACACUUUUGUGCUCCCUCUUGUGGUAGAAUUUUUAAGCUUGUAUACCUCAUCGCAGUCUUUCAAUACACCAGGCUGGGUGCUAAAAGCCUUUCUUUUGUUUUCAGAAAUGUGAUACUAAAGUUCUUGUUUGUGGUCUCUUGCUGGCCUUCAGAUUCAGGCUCAGUUUCUGCGUAUUCUCUCCGGCCAUCUACCAGAUCUCACUUUCUCUGCUGCAGUUGGGCAUGCCCACAGGGAGGUGGCCACAGGGUUUGGGUGUUUGUGGGUGAAGUGCACUUAUUACUGAGGGUGACUCUGGGCCAAUAGGGCAAAUGCAAGUGGCUCAUGUCUCUUGAUGGAGACUAUGGCACAGUAAGAUCUGCAUCCCUUGAUCUCUUUGAGAGUCCUAUUUGUUUCUCUCUCAGCCUCUUCUCAUUCUCUAGUUAUGUAUAUCAUGAUGCAGUACACUGGGUGAGACAAGACAGAAAUGAGCCUGUUUGGCAGUGCCCCAUAUAGCUUAGAAAGCUGCAUGCUCGCUCAUACUCUUUUAUGUUUCCUGAUGAAAGAAAUGAUGUGCUUAAAAUGUCCCUCUUGGCCCUAAGGUGUGUACUUUGGAGGGAGGGUAAUGUGGGUAAAGUCAGGCUGAUUCUCUUAUCUUCUCAAAUGCAGUCAUCUCAUAGUCUUUGGCUCCAAUAUUGUGCUGAAACUUCUCUGGAAGCCUAGACUUGCAUAAGAAUUAUUUGGUCUGUGAGAGAUUGGCUAAGACAGUGUCUUCCACUGAUCACAGCAAAAGGGAACUGAAGCUUGUUCCCAGGCAGCUGCAGGGUCUGCAGCUGGGACUGAGUUCUGUACCACUCAAUUUCAAAUCAUGUAAAGUGGCAAACACCAAAAAUAGUCAAGACCAUGUUGAUGAAGGGCGUGAUGAAUAUAUUUUGGGAUUAGUCCAAGGAACUGAACCAAAUUCUAGGAGAAAAAUUGCCUAGAAAUUUGAACAACUUAUUGAACAAUAAAUGUGACGGGGCAAGUAAGGAAAGAAGAGACCAUUCAAUAAAGGUGAUGGAAAGAAAAAUAAUUUCCCUGUGGGAUGUAUGUAUACGUGUGAUUGGAUGGAUCACUUUACUGUACACCUGAAACUAACACAUCAUUGUAAAUCAGUAUACUGCAAUAUAAAAUAAAAAUCAAAUGAAAUUGAAAAAAA